AUGGCGACGCAUCGUUUUCAAGUAACUCGUGUACCGGAGGUAUCCGGUGAGCGCAAUUCACCACCGGAACUGAUACCCCUGAUGACAAUUGAGAAUGAAGUUCCACAAGCUCCACCAUUGCCAACAACAAUUCAAACAGCGAAUGAAAAGUCGUCGACGAUUCGUUUGAGUUCAUUUCUGAAACGACGAUCUCUCGAUCCGCGUCGUCGCGCAACUAUUGCUGCUGCUUUUGCAUCUCUUGGUAAUCAGAUAAGACGAAGUACAUCUGCCGAAGUGAUUCAUGAUAAAAAUGCAAUAUCUACGCAAGCACUCCCAUCUAGUCAAACGACUUAUUCACUACCGAAAGACAACGAAGAUUAUGAUGUCUAUUCAACUACGCAAUCUAAUAAUUACGAUUCCAAUCCGUCGAGUAUAACGAAUAAAUUUCUGCAAGAACUACGUUCUAAACGUCGCGAACUGCGUGAAAAAAGUAAAAAUAUUUCAAUCGACCUGCGCAUUGAUUUUAACCGCCGAUUACACCAACGACCCGUUCUACGUGCUCAAGAUAUCUUUGCCGUUCAUUUUCAAUCUCACGACGAUGAUGAUAAUCAUUAUCUCUUUGCCGAACCGAAUAUUUUUACUGAGGAAUCUCAAGAAAAAAUUCGCAAUGAUAUUUAUCAAGAACUAAAUCGUCAACAAAUCAAAGAAUAUCGAAAACGCAAUCGGCAUUUAUUCGUCGGUCGGUCACUCCUGAUACUGAUGACGGCAGUAUUGAUCAUCAUGGGUCUCUCGUUAAUCUGUGUUGUUGUCGAUACGUAUGAACGAGCAAAAUAUCCCGACGCGAAAUUUCCGGAAAAAGAUUUUAUUCCAAUGAUUUUUGAUAGAACAACAAAUUUCUAG